AUGACAUUUCAGGCUGGUGAGCAAGUUCUUCUAAAAGUGUCAUCCAUGAAAGGGGUGAUGAGGUUCGACAAGAAGGGCAAGUUUAGUCCUCGCUACAUCGGGCCAUUGGAGAUUCUUGACUGUGUAGGGCCAGUGGCUUAUAGGUUGACUUUACCGCCUAUCCUAUCUGGGGUCCAUCCAGUGUUUCAUGCGUCCAUGUUAAAGAAGUAUCAUGGUGACGGAGAUUACAUCAGAAAGUGGAACUCAGUUUUGUUAAACAAGGACCUUCAAUAUGAGGAGGAACCGAUUGCAAUUCUUGAUCGUGAUGUCCGGAAGCUAAGGACCAAGGAGAUUAAGUUUUACAGAAAACCUUCAUCAUUGGAAGAACUAAGAAGUCCGACAAAACUGUUGAGAUCUUCACCAAGGAAUGCUCAAAAACUUCGAUUGAUUUCUUCCACAACAAGCUCGGGGUAA